AUGGUGGAACAAGAAGAGAGUCCCAGCAGUUCUAAUGACCUCCAACUGGAAUUGAAGGUGAGUUGUUACUUUAAUCGAAUUUAUUCUUUUCCAGGAGAAGUUAGAAGCGGCCAAACAGCUCACUGACCGUUAUGAAAAGAUGUUGCAAGAAGAAAGAACGUACCGCCAGGAACUGGAACGAGUAUUUGAAAAAAAAUCAAAAGAAGCAGAGACCUCAACUUUUCAAUUAAAUGAACAAAUUCAAUCUUUGGAGAGACUUUUAGAUAACCUAUCGGCUAAAUUCAACAACGAAAUGAAAAUCGUUGAGGAGAAGUUUGACGAACUUUUGUCCAUCAACCAAUCUCGUUUAGACGACUUUAAUACUGUGAAUGAAAAGUAAGGCACUCUAGUAUCACUCACAUUUUAGGUAUCAAAAAUUGCUUGGACUGUAUCGAAAGAACGCAAGUAAUAUGCGAGAAGAUAACAUAUCCCUACCUCAAACUGUCGAUGAGUUGCAAUUCGAAUGUCUAAAGUUGAGAGAAGAGAUAAUAGAGACCAGAUCCGCCAAGGAGCAUAUAGAAGAAGAAAAGGCAAGUGCUGUGGCCGCUCUGAACAGCGAGUUGGAACAAGCAAGAGCAAUGUCAGGACGUAUGGUAACUUUUCGUCGGGUUAGUAGUUUAUUAUUAGAUGAGAACUCAAGAGAAUGAAGAGUUGAGACAAACAAUUUGUGACCUUGAAAAGAGAUUAUCCGAAUCUCAGGCAGAGGCUGGUGCCAUGGCCAAAUCUUUGGAAGAAUUCCGCCAACGAUGUAGUCAACUACAAGUUGAACUUGACAACUCUGAAGCCGUCCAAAAAGAUUUCGUCCGACUCUCGCAGAACCUCCAGAUCCAAUUAGAGAAGAUCAGAUCGACUGAACAAGAAGUAAGCCUUGAUGUUUUAGUAUUCGUCGUUUAGGUACGAUGGCAGUUCGCCGAAGACGUGGCCAAAUGCAAUUCAUGUGAGGCAGACAUUAGACGGACUACUCAGAAAGGGAACUGUUUACACUGUGGAAAAGUAUUCUGCACGAAUUGCAUAAAACAACAAAUAUCUACUGGUCCAAACAACAGAAUUGCCAAAGUAUGCUCCGUAUGUCACACACUACUCAACAGGUAACGAAUGGGGAAAGAGAGUCAAUGAUUUUUAGGAAUUCUGCGCCAUUCUUCUCGAAAACGUUCACUUCUCCAUCAUAA